UGAUGUUUGGCAACGCGCUGGGGACACGUCGACUGAAAAGUGAAAAUUGACAGAUUCGUUUGUGUGAGUUUGUCGGUAUUUUUUUUACGCAGGAAUAUUUUAUAACUCGCUGUCUUAUCUACAAGUUCUCAGUAAAAAUGGUGUCAGUCAUUUCCACAGUCGAUACUGGACAUGAAGACAUGAUCCAUGAUGCGCAAAUGGACUAUUAUGGCUGUCGGCUUGCAACCUGCUCAUCUGACAGGUCUGUGAGGAUUUACGAUGUGAAAAAUGGAACACAAACAUUGGCUGCCGAUUUGAGAGGACAUGAAGGACCAGUUUGGCAAAUUGCUUGGGCUCAUCCCAAAUUUGGGAAUAUUUUAGCAUCAUGUUCUUAUGAUCACAAAGUUAUUAUCUGGAAAGAGAUGAAUGGACAAUGGGUCAAGUUUUAUGAAUAUGCUAACCAUGAUUCAUCUGUGAACUCUGUUUGCUGGGCUCCUCAUGACUAUGGCCUUAUCCUCGCUUGUGGAAGUUCUGAUGGAUCCAUCUCCAUUCUCUCUGCUACAGCUGCGGGAGGUUGGGAGGCCAAGAAGAUCAACAAUGCUCAUACAAUUGGGUGCAAUGCAGUUAGCUGGGCUCCAGCUAUUGGACCUAACGCGGCCUUUGACUCAACUACCGGUUCACGAUCUGCUCCUGUCAAGCGUUUUGUUAGUGGGGGUUGUGAUAAUCUUGUCAAAGUCUGGCGGGAAGAUAAAGAAUGGGUCGAGGAAGCUAAACUAGAAGGUCAUUCGGAUUGGGUUCGUGAUGCAGCUUGGGCUCCAUCCAUUGGACUCUCGCGUACUGUCAUCGCCAGCUGUUCUCAAGAUCGUCGAGUGAUUCUAUGGACCAACGACGGUGUUUCCAGCAGUUGGAACCAACGAGUUCUUCACACCUUCGAAGAUGUUGUUUGGCACGUCUCAUGGUCCGUGACCGGAAACAUCUUGGCGGUCUCUGGUGGGGACAACAAAGUUAGUCUCUGGAAGGAAACAGUGGAAGGCCAAUGGGUAUGCAUCAGUGACGUGAGUCGAGGCAAGGGAUCGACGCCUGGCCAACAGUGAAAAUACCCGUCUGUUUGUUAAUCUCCACUCUAACGCUAGCCAUGUUUCCCUUAAUUUGGUUUACUAUAUAAAUUACCGCAAAGAAACA